GGUCCGAUGAUGUUGAUUCGAAUUUCAUAUAUAAAUUGAUGAUCAAAAUCUGAUAAGAAAAAAACUUACUUACCAGAGGGGGUCUGGAGAGACAGUAGUAGACGCUUGCUUCUUGAGUGGGAGUUGUUGGGAAAGAAAUAGGUCCGACUCCGACUCAGAAGAUGACCGGAAGCUCUUUUUGCUCGAUGAAAGAUUACCUGAAGCAGACAGGCGGCUUUGCGGUGAUAGACGGAGGGCUUGCAACGGAGUUCGAGAGACAUGGAGCAGAUCUCAACGAUCCUCUCUGGAGCGCCAAAUGCCUCCUCACUUCUCCUCACCUCAUUCACACCGUGCAUCUCGAUUACCUUGAAGCUGGUGCUGAUAUCAUCUCCAGCGCUUCUUAUCAGGCCACGAUUCAGGGGUUUGAAGCAAAAGGAUUUUCAAGAGAAAUUAGUGAAUCUUUGCUUAGAAAGAGCGUAGAAAUAGCUUGUGAAGCUCGGAACACGUAUUAUGACAAAUGUGGAACUAGCUCUUCCAUGGAUGAUAAGAUUCUUAAAAAGCGGCCUAUAUUAGUUGCAGCAUCAGUUGGUAGCUAUGGUGCAUACUUGGCUGAUGGGUCUGAAUACAGUGGAGUCUAUGGUGAUUUGAUCACGCUGGAAAAGCUGAAGGAUUUUCACCGCAGACGACUCCAAGUUCUGGCGGAAUCUGGUGCUGAUUUAAUAGCAUUUGAGACCAUUCCAAACAAGAUAGAGGCUCAGGCAUUUGCUGAGCUGUUAGAGGAGGGAGAUGUCAAGAUUCCUGGGUGGUUUUCAUUCAACUCAAAGGAUGGCGUGAACGUGGUUAGCGGGGAUUCCAUCAAGGAGUGUAUCUCCAUAGCUGAAAAUUGUGAGAAAGUAGUGGCGGUUGGAAUCAACUGUACCCCUCCAAGAUUCAUCGAAGGGCUAGUUUUGGAGAUAGAAAAGGUGACAAGCAAGCCCAUACUAGUGUACCCAAACAGCGGAGAAAGCUAUGAUGCUGAUCGGAAGGAGUGGGUGGAAAACACAGGAGUUGGGGAUGAAGACUUUGUGUCAUACGUAGAGAAAUGGAUGGAUGCAGGAGUGUCUCUCCUGGGAGGUUGCUGCCGCACAACACCAACCACCAUCAGAGCCAUCCACAAGAGACUUGUCAACCGCAGAUCUCAUUAGCUUUCAACUUCACUCCCUUCUAUGAAUCUCUUCGCUAUAGAUUUGUACCAAAACAUGAAUGUUUGUUUUCCCUUUGCCAAUUACAAAUCUAAUUCCAAGGAUAGGCGUGACUGCAUUUUAGCUUUUCUUUUUCCCCCUGUUAUGCGAUCAAUACUCUAUAUAGAGGAUUAUCCCAUUUUAGAUGCUUA